CGCGAGGGUUCACGAUGGAAAAAAGCUGCACGACCAGGCGCAGCUCGUGCAGUCGCAGGGCCGCACCACGCCGCACUGCUGCAGCCGUUGUCCAUUUUCUGCCGCGCAUCGUAUUCUUCGCUAUUGGACGUUCGUGACGGUUCGUCACCGCCGCUCGCUCGCGCCCCCAUUCCGAUCGCUAGCCCGUGCCAGCACCAAGCGAACUGGGCGCUCGAUCCUCACUCGGCCGCGCCCCUGCAGCCCCGUUCUCUCCGCUACACUCCAGCAAACAGGGUCUCUCCGCCUUUCACUGUGCUGCCGCUCGUUCACCAGCCAUUCCACAGCGACACAAGUGACGCCUGAACUGCUCUCCAGCCCGACCGCCGCGACUCGGCACGCCGUCCCCUGAGCGGCCCCUCGAUCCUCGAUCCCACAUCUCAGGCACCAACCACACGCCGUACCCACAAUGCGUCCGUCAGUCGCCCUGGUGGGCCUGCUGCUCGCGGCAGCACCUGCCGUUCUGGCGCAGGACGACAACAACCUGCCGCAGCUGUCGACCAUCCAGCAGCCCGACGGCGAGGGCACCACUGCCGCCUCAUCUGCCGCACCAUCCACAGACCGGCCGUCGUCCUCAGCACCGCCGUCUUCGGCAGAGGCCACAUCAGCACCGCCGUCGAGCGCCGCGCAAACGAGCGCUGCAACGUCGGGAACUGUCGCUGCCACCGCUGACAACAGCGGCACAUUUCCUACCGUCACACCUACCGCCACUCAAAACACACAAGGCAUUGUCCAACUCUCGGGCUUGCCCACGCUCGCCGGUGUGGGUGUGCCUGUCCAGCAGGUGCCAGACACAGCCAAUGCACUGUUCAUGCAGAAGUCGGAUCUGCCGGACGGGACCGUUUUCAUCUGCGUUGGCGCUAUCCUGGGCUUCCUCGGUGCUUGUGUGCUGCUAUGGCGCGGUCUCGUUGCGUGGUCGCUGCACCGAUCCGUCAAGCGCGCGGCUCUGGCGCAGAACCUGGCUGAUAUGAAGGCCAUGUCGUCGGUGCCUGGCAAGAAGCGCGGCAUGUACACCCAUGUCGGUGGCAACUCCAACAUGUCUCUUGACCACCUGGCUGCGGCGCCCACUGGGCAUUCGCGGCCUCAGAAACCAUUUGCCCAAGGUCCAGGCGGAACUCCUCCCAGGUCCUCGUUGUUCUUCUCUCCCACUGCAGGCGGCGCAGGCGGCCUCGCCCAGCCGGGCACCCGCUCGUCGAACUACCUGCCCGCCGGCUACUACGCCGCCGGCACCGCAGCGCCCGCUGGUGGCUCUCCAAUGGGCCACGUCGGCGGUCAAGGCCACCUGUCGACCAACUCGCUGGCACUACCCGGAAACCGCUUUAGUCGAGCGUCCGGAAACUCGCCGCCGCUGUCGCCCUCGCUUCCCCCGUCGCGCGGCUACGACCGCGCCCCCGCCUCUCGCGACGGCUACUCCAACUACAACCGCGCCAGCGUCGCCACCCUCAGCACCCCCGGCAACACCCGCAGCGGCGUCUACGCCCACGACGCCAGCGUUAGCAACCUAUCCCUCAACGUCCCCGGCGGCACUACCGAGCCCGGCGGCCGCGCCCCCUCCGCCUACCUCGAGGAUCUGUUCGAGACCCACGGCGCGUCCCACUCGCAGGAGAGGUUCUAGGCGCAUCUCGAGCCGCCCGUGGUGCGCCGCCCGUCGCG